UGCAUUAGAAAAUUGAAAAAUUCAUUUAAAAUUAAACCAAGUUUCAAUCUUAAUCCGAGAUUCCGAGAUUUUUCCGAUUCUGAAUCGCGAGAUUUUCUCAUUCUCCGAGCCGACUCUUCGCCAACCACAACGCCAGCGAUCUUUUGUUGAGCAUCUCCUCUCUGCUGAAGGGCUGUGGCUGUUGAUCUCCAUUAGAGAGAAGCCAGUGGUUCUCCAAAUCUCUGGUUCUUCCAGGGAAUGCCGAAAGAUGACUCUGAGCCUUCGCAAUUCUUUCUCGGACAUCGGUAAUUUUUCAGAUGCACUUGAAUUGCCCUCUUUUGUAUUGGAGGGAAGCAGCGCUGUAAAUCAGGAAUCUCCAUAUGCUCUCUGCUUCAAACGCUCGAUUUACCUAAAAGUUAUUGUGGAGUUCGGGUGCCAAUUCUAUCAGUUCUUGAUUUAUCUGAAGCUGGUUAAGCUUCUUUUUCAUAAUUAUCUUCUGCUUUGUUGAUUCGGGUCGAUAUUAGGAUAAUAUUCUGUGUUAUCUAUUAUAGGAUUUGAUAGAUUGGGAUGGAAAAUAAAUCGAGUGUGAUGAUACAAAGGUAUGAAUUAGGGAGAUUACUCGGCCAAGGAACCUUUGCAAAGGUAUAUUAUGCGAGGAAUACAAGGAGUAAUCAAAGUGUGGCAAUUAAGGUGAUUGAUAAAGAAAAGAUUACAAAGGCUUCACUAAUCGAUCAGAUUAAGCGUGAAAUUUCGAUUAUGAGACUUGUUAGACAUCCUAAUAUUGUACAUCUUUACGAGGUUAUGGCCACAAAGACUAAGAUCUACUUUGUCUUGGAGUAUGCUAAAGGCGGUGAGCUCUUUGACAAGGUUGCUAAAGGGAGGCUGAAGGAGGAUGUUGCUUGGAAAUAUUUUUACCAGUUAAUCAAUGCUGUUGAUUUCUGUCACAGUAGGGGAGUAUAUCACCGUGAUAUAAAGCCGGAGAACCUACUCCUUGAUGAAAAUGAGAAUCUUAAGGUGUCUGAUUUUGGUUUAAGCGCGCUAGCCGAGUCCAGGCGUCAAGAUGGGUUGCUCCACACUACUUGUGGUACUCCAGCUUAUGUUGCCCCUGAAGUCAUCAGUAGGAAGGGCUAUGAUGGUGCAAAAUCUGAUAUCUGGUCUUGUGGAGUAGUUUUGUUUGUCUUGUUGGCAGGUUAUCUCCCAUUCCACGAUUCAAAUUUGAUGGAAAUGUAUCGGAAGAUUGGAAGAGCAGAAUAUAAAUGCCCGAGUUGGUUCCCUCGUGAAGUGCGGAGGCUGCUAAGUCGGAUGCUCGAUCCAAACCCCAAUACGAGGACGCCCAUAGCAAUGAUUAGACAAAGUUCUUGGUUCAAAAAAGGAUUGAGGUUAAAGAAUGUUGGAAGUGGAACAGAAAGCGAUGCUGUAACUACAGAAGAUGAAGCUACUUCUGGACCAUCUGAGAGUAGUGUCCCUGACCCUGCAGAUGGAAAGCAAGAGCCAGAUAGACCCCCGAGUUUGAAUGCUUUCGAUAUCAUCUCCCUUUCUGCAGGAUUCGAUCUAUCCAGUUUAUUUGAAGACAACUCAAAGAAGAAAGAAACGUUGUUUACUUGUAGAAAACAUGCCUCUGUCAUUCUCUCAAAGCUGGAAGAAGUUGCCAAACUUCUAAGGUUCCGUGUGCAGAAGAAGGAAGCUGGCCUACUGAAGUUUGAGGCACUAACAGAGGGUAAAAAGGGGGCAUUGUCCAUUGAUACAGAGAUCUUUGAGGUUACUCCAUCGUUUUAUUUGGUGGAGAUGAAAAAAUCUAAUGGAGACACAUUGGAAUAUCAGAAGAUAUUGAAAGAGGAUAUAAGGCCAGCCCUACAGGAUAUUGUAUGGGUUUGGCGGGAAGAUCAUGAGCAGCAGCAGCAACAACAACAACAGCCUCAGCUUCUCCAACACCAGGAUCCGAAUCUGGAACGGGAGCAAGAUGGCACAUCACAAAGCAGUAGCAGCACGAAGAACAACUCACAAAACCUGGGUUCGGAAGGAUCUUAACGACGAACUCUCCCAAGUCGCUCUUUCUAUUGACACACUUUGUACAUUUGUUCAUCUACCAUAGUUAAACUACAUUCUAAUAAACUCUAUCUUAACCAAAUUUCGAGAUAUGCUUUCUGCUUCUUAUAUCUUUCACUCAUCAUCAUAUUGUUGCCAAUCAGUACCCAAUCUACAUAUAGAAUCUGUAUCUUGUCAUUGAGCAGGCUAUCAAAGAGGCCUCAAUCAAGGUGAUACAACCUCAGAAGCUGGAGUAAUAAAGCAAAGUCUUCUCUCA